GGAGAAUCGGGGUAGUCUUUGGCCCCCGAUAUUUAUUCCCAAUUUAUUAAAUUCAUUACUAAAUAAUGUCCCUAUUUUAUCAAGAGUUGUCGAUUGCGCACCAGUUAAAUUAACACCGCGUACUGCUGUAACUUCAUAGACGGUUAAUGAAAACUGUCCUCGUAUACGCAAAUGCUUUCAUAAAAUUGGUUUCAUACCAUUAGCAUCUCAUUUUACAACACUCUUUCAACGCCGAGUUGGCAAUUGUUAGAUUGUUAGAUUAUUAGAUUAUUAUAUACCUGAUACCUGCAUUACUCUGCGCUGUCGCCAUCGGCGCAACAAAUCAGUAGUUCGCCAUGGCCUCCAAAGCUAUGUGGGAAGUCGACCCGGAGACUAGAUCAAAGCUCCUCGCUAUUCAAAAGACGAAUAAUAACAACAUCUGCUGCGAUUGCAACGCCCCGAACCCGCAAUGGGCGUCUCCAAAGUUCGGCGUUUUCAUCUGCCUCUCGUGUGCCGGUGUCCACCGGGGCCUGGGUGUCCACAUCUCUUUCGUUCGAUCCGUUACCAUGGACGCGUUCAAGCAGGCUGAGAUCGAGCGCAUGCGACUCGGCGGUAACCAAGGAUGGAGAUCAUUCUUUGAGCAGCACGAAGAUACUAAGAUGCGCGGUCUGAACUGGGACGACGCUACGAUCGCGGAGAGAUACAGCGGCGAAGUGGGUGAGGAAUGGAAGGAGAGGCUCAGCGCCAAGGUCGAGGGUAGAGAAUACGUACCUGGCGAGCGCAAGACCACGCCACAACCUGCUCCCGCUGCCGCGAAGCCCGGUCCGAAACAGAUUAGCAGGACUGGAACGCCGCUGCAAGGCGUGGCGACGAGCGGAAGCCGAACGGCGAGUCCCAGUCGACCGGGCGUCAAAGCUAAAGUCGACGACGAAUAUUUCGCGCGACUGGGAAAGGAGAACGCGUCCAGGUCGGACGCCUUACCACCUAGCCAGGGCGGUAAAUACGCUGGAUUCGGAAACACCCCUGCACCUGCAAAGAGCGGCGGCGGAGGGCUCCCCGAUUUAUCAGAGGUGCAGAAGGACCCGGUAGCCGCCCUGACGAAGGGAUUCGGCUGGUUUACAACGACGGUGACGAAGACGGCCAAAGGAAUUAAUGACGAGUUCAUCCAGCCUACGGCCAAACAGCUCUCGGAAUCCGAUUUCGCGGCGCAGGCCAGAGCCGCGGCAGGGAACGUGGGCAAGGCGGCGCAGGCCGGGGCGAUGACGGCCCAGGAGCGGUUUAACCGGUUCGUGGAGGGGUCGGACGAGCGGAGGCAGGUGCCGAUGGACGAGAGCAAGAAGGCGUUCUGGGACGACUUCGCGGCGGCGGCGGACCAACGACACGGUACCGGCCCCAAGUACAGCUCGGUUGGGACUUCGGCCAUGGGGAGAGGCGGGAAUAAGAAUGCUCCGGCGGCGGCGGCGGCGGCCAAGAAGGACGACGAUUGGGACGACUGGUAGGUAGUGGACGGGCGAGAGAGGGGACUCGUCGGGACUGGGAUGCAACAGGUGUUCGGGGUGUGUGGUGCGAUGUGGUGUGGUGUGCAACAUUAUACCUAUAGACGACGGACACGAUAUGCCAAUACUGUACAAUUAGAUACCUAAGGUAAGCCAAAUGGAGUUCUGGGUAGCGUAUAUACACAUCUAUUUUAUUAGAAUCAAUGUGAGAGGUGCAAAUAUAAAAUUUCUAUACAACGGUGUAAGUGGUGUAAGUGGUGUGUGUAGGUGAUGGAUACCCAACUAGCAAGGUGAAUCAAUGAAUGUGCACUAGGCUAAGUGGUAAGUAAUAAAGAAUUGGCUACCAAUUCAAUAUUCCAUUGAUAUGAUUGAUAUGUGCUAUAUCAAACCAAAGCACCCUUAUGUAUAAGCCAUUAUCUGUAUGUAUUGUAAAGUCACGAU